AUGAAGACAAAGUAUGUUGUUGUGGCUCUAUUGGUUUAUCUUGAAAUACACAUCUACGUCGGAGGUGAUUUACCAGUUGCACCCGAAGAUAUGCUUCUAAAGGAUAAGCAUAUAUUUACUAAGGAAGGUACUUACAACCACUUCGUCAGACCUGUUUACAACCCAACUGACACACUUCCUGUUAAGUUUGGAUUGUCUAUAACCCAGCUUCUUGAUGUGGAUGAGAAAAAUCAGAUUAUGACCACGAGCGUUUGGAUGAAACAGGAAUGGAGGGACUACCGACUGACAUGGGAGCCUGCACAAUACAGUAAUCUCUCAGCAGUCUCAUUACCCGAGUACACGUUGUGGUUCCCAGACAUCGUACUGUAUAACAAUGCCGAUGGAAACUACGGCUCAACUAUGUCUACAAAGACCACAACCAAAGCCAGAAUAUAUCACGACGGUACCGUCUUUUACGCGCCUCCUACCAUAUUUAAAAGCCCGUGCAAAAUCAACAUUGAGUUCUUUCCCUUUGACGAACAACGUUGUACAUUAAAGUUUGGUUCGUGGGCCUACAGCGGACAGGAGUUACUGUUGAGUUUGAUGAGCGAUGAAGCAGAAAAGGAGGAUUUUUGGGAGAAUAGUGAAUGGGAGGUGAUGAGCGUUCCAGGGAGAAACUAUACGAUGAAGUACGAUUGUUGUAACGAGAUAUACUCUAACAUCAAGUACGUCGUUAUCAUCCGACGUCGCUCGGCGUUCUACGUGGUGAAUCUGAUCAUUCCGUGCAUGAUAAUGUCUUUUUUGACAUUGAUGGUGUUCUACCUCCCACCAGACAGCGGGGAAAAGGUCAGCCUCAGUAUCUCCAUUCUCUUAGCGCUCUCCGUAUUUCAACUGUUGGUGGCAGACAUCAUGCCGCCAUCUUCAAUAGCAAUGCCUCUGAUUGGCAGAUAUCUCAUGUUCACAGAAGUUCUCGUCAUGGUCUCCAUCAUAAUCACCGUAAUUGUUUUGAACAUUCACCACCGAUCAGGGGUCAUGCACGACAAAAUGCCCUACUGGGUGAGGAGACUUUUCUUGGAGAUCAUUCCCGUAAUAUUGUGCAUGCGGUCGCGCCCGCGUAAACGGAAGUCGGGGGAUGGCGUAUGUGAAAACAAGAACGCACACGAAAUGGAGUCUAUGUUGAAAAAUGACUGUACGAACUUGAUAGCAUGUGAUAAAAAUGGAUUAACUGCAUCGACCAAUGAAGCGGACACCCCGGUGACCAACACAGGUGUUCAUAAGUGUGGGCGGUGUCAGUCACACGCGGUACUCUGCGAGUCGAAGAACACAGAUGCCAAAAUACUGGAGGAAAUACAAAUAAUAACUAGUCAUAUACGGAACGAAGGUGCUUGCAAUGAGAUUAAAGAUGACUGGAAACUUGUUGCCAUGGUUAUUGAUAGGAUUUUACUUUGGAUAUUUACGAUCGCAAACAUAGCGGGCGCUUGCUCCAUUUUGCUUGAGAAGUCGCGGUCGUCCAGCGCGGCAAUGGACAUUUCAGUGGACCCGUACACGGAAGAUUACUAG